AUGCAGAUGUAGAAUCAGAUAUAUAGCGCUCGCAAUGUCGUGCAUCUGCCUUGGACCCAAGCGUGCUGGCAAAACGCAUCUGCUCAAGGCGCUGCAGGAUCCAGACUCCAUAGAUGAGACAAGCUACUCCAUGCCCACCAUUGGCACCGGCAUCUUCCGCAUCUUUUUCCCCGAGAAGUCAUCACAUGCCGACAGGCACAAGCCACCGCCGCCGCCGACAACUGAUGCAGCCGCGGCCACGCCGCGUGCCGGCAAACAUCUGGCCAAGUUCAUACAAGUGCUCGAGAUUGGCGGCAGCAUGGCACCGCUCUGGCGCCAGAGCCAGUACUUCGAGGAUGUCAAGAAGCUCAUCUAUGUGGUGGACGCGUCCAAUCUGUGUCAGAUAUCAGCUGCAGGCGUGCUCUUCUAUUCGAUUCUCACGGAGCCGCGCCUGCAAAAGGUGCGCAUCCUUCUGGUGCUGACCAAAAUGGACUACUCCUAUCGCCAGAUGCGCAACGAGGCGCUGCUCAUGCUGCAAAUGUCCAAGCUACAGAAACAGAUACGCCAACAGGUGACCAUCGUGGAGGCCAGCGCCGUCACCAAGGUGGGCCUGAACAGCAUCUACGAAUGGCUCCAGAGACCCUAGGGGGGAUUAUGUUAACCUAUUGAUUUAUAUUUCCAAAUAAAGCACGUUGAAAAAG